AUGAAGUUCAGCUCUCUUUGUCACUUCGGCGCCGUUGCUGCUGCAGCUCCCGAGCUCAGCAAACGGGAGCAGUUUUCCAAGGGACAGCCCAUAGAUGACAAAGGGAAAGGCGCUCCUAUUCUUGGCGGCACGAACAAGCAAAUCGACUUGCAAAACCCGGACAACCUUGGUGCUCAGAGUACCGACAAUGGCGUGGUCCCGAAUCUCAAGUGGAGUUUCUCAGACUCCAAGACGAGAAUUCUUGCCGGUGGUUGGGUCCGUGAACAAGUCAUUACCGACUUGCCAGCUAGUCACGACAUCGCUGCUGCUCAACAACACCUGAAAAAGGGGGCGAUUCGUGAGCUGCACUGGCACCGUGUGGCUGAAUGGGGAUUCGUAUACGCCGGGAAGAUCAUCGUCGCUGCUGUGGACGAGAACGGUCAGUACCAGGUCGAUACCCUCGAUGUCGGGGAUAUCUGGUACUUCCCCAAGGGAGCCGCCCACACCGUUCAGGGGCUGGAGGAUGAGAACGAAUUUCUCCUGGUCUUUGACGACGGUAAUUUUGAUGCUGUCGGAACAACCUUCAACGUGGACGACUGGAUUUCCCACACACCAAAGUCAGUCCUGGCGAAGAAUUUCGGCCUCGAAGAAUCCGUCUUCGAUUCUGUCCCAUCACCAAAUCCGUACAUCUUCAACUCGACUGUCAGCACGCGCAACGUGACAGGACCAGAGGGCGCGCUGGUCGGGAACAGUUCAUACGUGUAUCAUACGUUCCAGCACCCUUCCGAGCCCGUCCCAGGGCAGGGCGGAGAACUCUGGAUCAUCGACUCCCGCAACUUCCCCAUUGCCACGACCGUCGCCGCCACCUUUGUCAAGCUGGAGCCUCGUGGUCUUCGCGAGCUUCACUGGCAUCCUAACGCCGAGGAGUGGCUUUAUUUCCACAGUGGCAAAGCGCGUGCCACAGUUUUCAUAGGCAGUGCAGCCGCUCGUACCUUUGACUUCUCCGCGGGCGACACAGGUGUCUUCCCGGACAACAGUGGUCAUUACAUUGAGAAUCUGUCAGACACUGAGGACUUGGUGUGGAUUGAGAUCUAUAAGAGUGACCGUGUGGCCGAUAUCUCGCUGACGCAGUGGCUUGCCUUGACACCUGCUGAUAUCGUCGCGAGCACUCUCAAGAUCCCGGUCGAUGUGGCUGCUGGCUUGAAGAAAGAGAAGCAGAUCCUGAUCAAGGCGAAUUGA